UGCGCGCGCGAGAGAGAUAGAGCGGGUACUGUGAACUGCGUUACUAUGCUACAGUCCUAAUAACCGCACGCUCGGAAGCCAAACGUGCAACACAGGUGAGAUUGACCUUAUCUUGUUUACAAAGAUAACUGAACAGACUGCUACGUGGAAAGAAAGACUCAUGAGUUGGCAGUGUGGAUUUCAGAGACGUUAUGGAUUUGACUAAAAUGGGUAUGAUCCAGCUCCAGAACCCCAAUCACCCCAAUGCCCUGCUGCACAAGGCUAAUCAAAUGCGCCUGGCCGGCACACUGUGUGACGUGGUCAUCAUGGUGGACGGCCAGGAGUUCCACGCUCACCGGACUGUGCUGGCCUGCACCAGUAAGAUGUUCGAGAUCCUAUUUCACCGCAACAGCCAACAUUACACUCUGGACUUUCUCUCACCAAAGACCUUCCAGCAGAUUCUGGAGUACGCCUAUACUGCCACGCUCCAAGCUAAAGUGGAGGAUCUGGAUGACCUGCUGUACGCAGCAGAGAUCUUAGAAAUAGAGUACUUGGAGGAGCAAUGCCUGAAGAUACUGGAGACCAUCCAGUCGUCAGAUGAAAAUGACACGGAGGUCAACAUGAACGAUGGCGGCACAGAAGACGACGAGGAACGCAAGGGACGGCACGCCAGGAACCUGGGGGGUUCGAAAAAGCAUUCCGUGGAGGAAGGCGGCUACGGGUCGGCUGCCCAGCAAGCACUGGGGCUGCCAGGAAUGGUGGAUCAGAGUCCCUCGGUCUCCACCUCUUUCGGCCUCUCCACCAUGAGCCCAACCAAAGCAGCCGUGGACAGCCUAAUGAGCAUCGGCCAGUCCCUCCUGCAGAGCACCAUGCACCCCGGAGUGGGUGCAGAGCAUCCCCUGCAUGGCAAUUCCCACCCCAUGUUGGGAGAGAUCAAGACGGAGAUGAUGCAAGUAGAUGACAGCAGAGAGCAUGAGAGCUCUAAAGCCAUGGAAUCCAGCGCCUCCAGCAACGGCGAACGCAGCGGAGAGUCCGACAAGAACCGCGACGGGCCCGGCACCCCCACCAGGAGCAGCGUGAUCACCAGUGCCCGUGAGCUGCACUAUGUCAGGGAGGAAGGUAUGGGUGACCAGCAGGCUGAGGUCAGCCAAAUGGGCUUGGAGGCCAUGGCGGGGAUGACCGAAAAACACUUGGCGUCACUCUACGGCAUUCCCCCUAACCACAAGAACGAAGCGAUGCUCUCUAUGCCCGCCUCCAUGGCCUCAUCCUUGCACAUGUCCCCAGCCCUGGCCAUGUCCAUGGACUUCAGUGCCUACGGGGGCUUGUUGCCUCAGAGCUUCAUCCAGAGGGAGUUCUUCAGCAAGCUCGGCGAGUUAGCUGCCGGGAUGAAGCCUGACGGCCGCGUCCCGAACGAGCGCUGCAACGUGUGUGGUGCCGAGCUGCCUGACAAUGAGGCGGUGGAGCAGCACAGGAAGCUGCACAGCGGAAUGAAGACCUAUGGAUGUGAGCUUUGUGGAAAGCGCUUCCUAGACAGUCUGCGCCUAAGGAUGCACUUGCUGUCUCACUCAGCUGGUGAGAAAGCCAUCGUCUGUGACCAGUGUGGAGCUCAGUUCCAGAAGGAAGAUGCUCUAGAGGCCCACCGGCAGAUCCACACAGGAUCCGACAUGGCCAUCUUCUGUUUGCUGUGCGGGAAGCGCUUCCAGACGCAGACGGCUCUGCAGCAGCACAUGGAGGUCCACGCAGGCGUGCGCAGCUACAUCUGCAGCGAGUGCAACCGCACAUUUCCCAGCCACACCGCACUCAAGCGCCAUCUCCGUUCACACACAGCAGGUGACCACCCCUUUGAAUGCGAAUUCUGCGGAAGCUGCUUCCGAGACGAGAGCACGCUGAAAGGACACAAGCGCAUCCACACCGGAGAGAAGCCCUAUGAAUGUAACGGCUGCGGCAAGAAGUUCAGCCUCAAACACCAGCUAGAGACCCACUACCGUGUCCACACAGGUGAGAAGCCGUUUGAGUGCAAGCUCUGCCACCAGCGCUCCAGGGACUACUCGGCCAUGAUCAAACACCUGCGCACCCACAACGGAGCCUCUCCGUACCAGUGCACCAUCUGCCUGGAAUACUGCCCCAGCCUCUCCGCCAUGCAGAAGCACAUGAAGGGCCACAAGCCUGAAGACAUCCCCCCGGACUGGAGGAUAGAGAAGACUUACCUAUACCUCUGCUAUGUCUGAAUGGGGGGGGAUAGCGGGGAGGGAA